AUGCAACUAUCGGGUAAGAUCCUCUCGCUAGCGCUGAUGUGCAUUGUCACAUUGGGCCAUCUUGCACACGCGGGAACCACCGACCGGGAAGACACCACCGAGCGCCUGGAACGUGCCAAACGAUGGCUCAACUAUCCCAUCAACGGUGGGCUGGCGAAGAUUGUGCUCGGUUUUGUAGUGCCCAUUCGCUUCCACCAUCCGCUGCCGCGGGUCAUCGUGAACACGUACAACCUGCAGGCCAACUAUCGCAUACCGGCCAACAUCAUCUACCCGCAGCCCGAGUCGGUGUUUAAAAAUCGUGAACUACACCCAACGCCGGUGUCCCGGGCACGGCCAGCGAUCGAUCAGAGCCGGCGACAGUUUUUCGCCCUGCUCGAGCAGGGCCUGUCCCGGUGGGAUCGUAACGGGCGGGCGUGUCUGUUGCGGGCCGUGUGCGAGGUCGCUGCAACACCGCUCAAACACAACGGACUGAUUGGCGAAAUAAUCGAUGUGAUUUUCACCCCAGCACCGACAGAUCCACUCGACCCGGACUAUCUGCUGGCCCAAUCGCACGGUCUGCAGGGACGUGACUGCACCGAACUGUAUCCGGCCUGCCCGAACGGGCACGGGCUGUUUGACAAUGUUUCCCUGCUGCUACCAAACCAACCACAAUGA